UUGCUUUUAUUGCACUCAUCUAUUCUCACCGGACUUUUCAGCUUUCCUUUCCUUUUGUUCCUAACGUGUAUGCAUACCUUCUUGUUUAACAAUUUUCUUUGUUUACCAAACUUGCAUUUUUGUUAGAUCACUUCUGUCUUUGUGUUGGUGGGUUGUUUUCUGAGAAAGACAGACAGAGAGAAUCUGUAAGAAAAAGAGAAUGUGAAUGCAGGCCUUCAUAGUUUAUGGUUACAUGUUUUUUUGUUAUAUGGUUCCUUAAAACACCAAAGUUUCUGUAUAGUGCAAGGAAGGAUAGAUGUUUGAGAGAUAAAAAUGGGGAAGCAAGGGGUCUCCAGAAGCUUGCGCCCUGAGUCUCAGAGUGAUGGAAUGUCAUUAGGAAUGAAAGAUUAUCAGAUUAGAUGUUGUUCAGAAAACUUUUGUGGGAAUAAUCCUUCUAUAGGGAGGAGGCUUUCAGGGGAAGAUGUGAACUCAGGUUUGAAAACCGUAUCAGUUCAUGGAUUGAAACAUGAUGUUUCCAAAAUUAGUGCUUCUAAGGGAUCCUAUGGGAGCAAAAGAAAUGUUUGGCUUCAAAAGCAUGUGAGGUCAAUUUUGUUUAUGAUUGGGGUGAUUGGCUUUGUUUUUUUGGUUGAUUCCUUAACAGUAUCCCUUGUCAAUUUGAUUAUUCGCCGGAACACUUCACCUGCCAGAAAAUCAAGUGGUAUCAAGGAUGAUAAUGGUCCCAAUGUUCACAAAGAAAAAUCUCCAAUCCAGAUGUAUGACCGCCUUGUACAUUUGGCCUCUGUUUCUCUUGCAAAGCUUGAGUUUAAACCAGAGAAAUCAAGCUUGUGGAAGGAGCCAUAUCUUCAGGCCUCUGGAUGGGUACCCUGUGCAGACGGAAGCGUUGUAUCCGAUUUAGGGAAGUUUGAUAAGACUAAUGGUUACAUAGUUGUCAGUGCAAAUGGUGGUCUUAAUCAACAACGAGUUGCUAUCUGCAAUGCUGUUGCACUGGCAUCUCUUCUUAAUGCAACUCUCGUAAUUCCAAGAUUUCUCUACAGCAAUGUAUGGAAGGAUCCAAGCCAGUUUGGUGACAUAUACCAAGAAGAUUACUUUAUGAAUACUCUUCAAGAUGAUGUACAUAUUGUCAAGGAACUCCCUUCUUUCUUAAAGUCUGUAGAUCUAGAAGCAAUUGGUAUUCAGAUCACUGAUGCAGAUAUUGCAAAAGAGGCAAAGCCCACUGAUUAUAUUAGAACCGUUCUCCCUCUCCUUUCGCAGAAUGGAGUCGUUCACUUCCUUGGCUUCGGAAAUCGACUUGGCUUUGAUCCCAUACCCUUCAACCUUCAGAAAUUAAGAUGUAAAUGCAACUUCCAUGCUCUGAAGUUCACACAUAAAAUCCAACAAGUUGGUUCUUUAUUGGUCAAAAGGAUCAGAAAGUACGAAGCCGCCAAGAGUAUGUUAGAUAAACACCUGCUAGGGAACUUCAUAGACUAUGUGGCAUCCAAAGAGGACAAAGUUGUUGGAGGUCCAGUGAAGUAUCUUGCUUUACAUUUGAGAUUUGAAGUGGAUAUGGUUGCAUACUCCCUCUGUGACUUUGGAGGUGGAGAAGAUGAGAAGAAGGAGCUUCAAGCUUACAGAGAAAUCCAUUUUCCUUUACUGAUCGAGCGUUUGAAGAAGUCAAGGACAAUUCCUUCAACAGAGUUGAGAAUGUCAGGGAGAUGCCCAUUGACACCAGAAGAAGCAGCACUUGUUCUAGCCGGCCUUGGGUUCAAACAUAGAACUUAUAUCUAUUUGGCUGGAUCUCAUAUAUAUGGUGGAAAUUCCCGGAUGCGAACCUUCACCAACCUCUAUCCUAACUUAGUCACGAAGGAAACACUUCUUACUCCCAGUGAGCUUGCACCAUUUCAAAACUUCUCUUCUCAGCUUGCAGCGUUGGAUUUUAUUGCCUGUGCGAGUGCUGAUGUCUUUGCCAUGACCGACUCUGGAAGCCAACUAUCAUCUCUGGUGUCAGGAUUUCGAACUUACCAUGGAGGUGGCAAUGCUCCUACUUUAAGACCAAACAAGAAAAGGUUAGCAGCAAUCUUGUCCGAGAAUAAGACCAUAGGUUGGAAAACUUUUGGAGAUAGAGUUAGUAAGAUGAUUGAGGAAGGUCUACGAUCCCGGACCAGAGGGUUUGGUAGAAGCAUCUAUCGUCAUCCGAUGUGCCCAGAAUGCAUGUGCAAAUCCCACUAGUGUUCUAUAAUCUGGCUUGCACAUAAAUGUAUACUUAGCUGCCUUGGAUGGAAAUUUACAUAUAUCUUCCCCUCCAUUCCGGCAGGCAAUAUUCAAAUUCAUUUGUUCAUUCUUUUUCCGUGUUAGUAUAUAAUCUGCUGCAAUUGACUGAUUAUGUUCGUCCAUUAUAAUAGUUCAUUAAUGAGAGAAGAACUGCUUGUAAAA